GGUGUUUCGUAUAACACAAACAUUAUUUGACAAUAUUAAACUAGUUCCACCUUUCAACAACUAAUAAUUCACGCUAUAAUUAAUAAAAUUCAAUAAACGAUGUGUUUUGGUUUUCACGUGCGGAAACUAUGUUGAAUAAUCCAAAGUAAAUCAUGUAAAACGAAACAGAAAAGGUCCAAUGAAAAAAUACUUUUUGAAAAAACGUUAAUUGUGAAUGCACCAGAAUUUUUGUUUACAUUUUUAAAAAAGUUUUAAAUCAUUUAAAUUGUGUUGUAAUUCAUUAAUUAAACAGAAAAAUGGAAGACAUACAGUCAGUAAACACAGAAAAUCAUCAAAUUGGAACAAUUGCAAAGAAACAACAGAUUAACGUCCAAAAGACUAAGAUUCCGUUAAAGGAUUCAAUUAAUAAUAAUAAAAUUAAGGAUAAUGAAAAGCAGACAUUAAAGAAGAAGAUUACUGGAUUCGAAAAGCAUAACAUCGAUGAGACUGAAGAAAUUGAAUGCUUUGAACCAGCUAAAAAUGGAAUGUGUCACUGCAAUGGACCUGACCGAAAGAACAUUGGGUCUAGCUUUUAUGACUUGACACCAUCACCAGAAUUUUUAAACUUUAUGGAUGUCACAUCAAAUCCUUCAAAGUGGCACCAUUUAAUGAUGAAUGAUCCAAAUUAUAUUGCACUAUUCAAUGAGCAAGAUCCAAUGGAGGAACUGAACGAGCCAACAGAAUUGAUUCCAAGACCAAAAAGUCCAGCAGCUAAUUUUGAAGAAUAUGAAUUGGACAUAACGCCAUUAGACACAACACCAUUACCAACAGAGGACAUAGACAUUCCAUUACCCGAAGAACAACAGAAUCCAGUAAAUAUCGAAGAUUAAUCAACAGAAAUGGAAUUAAAUAAAUUAGACAUUAAGUUGAAACAUACGAAAUUUCAUUUUAUUUUUAUAUCUUGUAUUUAUUAAUAUCACAAUGUAUUAUAAUUUUUUUUUCUUGUUUUAUAUUGUUUUUUCAGUAAGAAAAAGUAAUUCUAAGGAAUUUUUGAUAUUUCAAUGAGAAAAGAAGAAGGUUGAUAGAUGCUAAAAGGAAAGUGUUUGAUGUAGGAAGUUAGAUAAGAAAAUUUGGGAAAUUCGUUAUUAUUUUGUUUUACGUAGAUCUAAGUUUUUUGUUAUCUAUUGAUAUUUUGAGGAAAAUUCAAAAUGCUUAAUUAAACUGCUUUUUGGUUGUUUUGUCAUCAUUCUUAUAAAAAAAACGCUUAUACACAUCACUACUUAUGCACACUGGUUGUCUCAAAAUCCUUCAAAAACUUUUUAAUUUGUUAAAUAGUUUCACAUUAAAUUCGCUACUGAAAAAAUUUCUAUUCAUUUAAUUUUGUCAUAAAUUGGAGAUAUCUUUUAAAUAUGGACAUGACCCUUUUUCAUAUUCGAUUAAAAGUUUUGAUAUAAACUCAAAAAUCAUCUUUAAAAUUCGAUUUCAUAGCACCCAAUUUCAAUUUAAAAACGUUUCUCAUUAAUUUUGUUCACAAUUUGCUUCAUCAAUAAAAUCUCCUCAAAUGUAGAAAUAAAUAAUGAUAUAUUUUUUUUUUGUUUUGUUUGUAUAGUAGACAAAGUUUAGAACUCAAUACAAUAAACAAGGAACAAUGUUAUUUGUCAACUUAGAAUAAAAUAUUGCAUAGAAUAAAAAACGACUUUUAGUUUGUAUCAGAAUUAUUAUGGUUAUUUUCUCCAUAAACCUGCAAAUAAAGAGUAAUAUUCCAUUAGUUCCACUCAAUAUAAGUUCAAUUACUAUUGACUCACUUGAGAUUGUGACGAACUAUCACUUUCAAUAAGCUCAGACAGGAAAUUUUUAUUUUGAAGAUAGUCAAGUAAUCUUCUUGGUAAUGGCAAGGUUUCGAUUAAAUCCUUCCGCUGCACAGCUUUUAAUAUUACGAAUCUACAAACAUAAGAACAAUCAAUAAAUCUACAAAUCUAAUCAAUCAAAAUAAUUAUGACAUUACCUGCACAUGUGUUGGAGACUCUGGACAUGCCUAAAUCUCGACACUGGAUUUAACAAUUGUACUCGCAUUGGCCCAUGUUCAGGUCGACGAUGUAAAAAGAAAAGAUAUCGGCCACUCCUUGAGUGCUCAACCGCAUUCUCGAUAAAUUCCUUUAUAGUUCGUGACUUGUAAGAGCAUUUGAUUUGAGCACACGAUCCAAAUGAAAAUGUUCCCUGCUCUUGUUCUAUACGAACGUGUCGAAUACAGCCAUUGAGUUUUACGGUUAAUGAAAAUAUGUAAUUUAAAUCGGAACUAUCACGCACUAUAA